ACGUAAAUCUACUGUCCCAACGCUGCAAAGGAGAUUGAUCCUCGGCUUCUAAAGAUUCAGUUUCCACAUUAAACUCUUUUCACUCCAAGGUCCAAGCUCAGAUGCCGUUUUUAGAACGUCUAAAGAAGCCUAAGUUUCUGCGUUAAUUGAAGAGGAAUGCUCGCAGAACGGACCCCCUCAGCCGCCCUCACUCGUUCUCGUUCUCGUACCCACCGCUGCCGCCGUGACCAUCUCGCCUCAGGGUCUCACUCGGCCUUGCCCUGGAUCUCCACCACCUGUCAUCGUCUCCAUUCUGCAGAUUCGGAAGAAAUUCUCCACUGCCUGCCUCUCCAGUUUUCCAUUAACGUUCUUUGCCUCUCCAGUCUUCCUUCCCAGCGUGGCCGUGGAUCUUCGUCGCCCAGUCAUCGUUAUUGCGGCGCUCACUUCAAAUUCGGGUGUUUGACCAUGAUACGAAAUGGUUGCCCUAUGCCCCUACCUGCUAGGCCUAUGUUCUCUCGCAGUUCUCAAAUGCCAGCUAUGGCUGCUGUCUCAAGCAUCCGGAGUACCUGGGGGCCUAAUUUAGGGCGCAAGUCCUGGUUGCCGAAAGGAAUGCCUUGCUCAAACAUCUCUGCUGCAUCAAGCCUACAUUUAACUGGGGGUCAAAGUCUUCGUCUUCUGUAUCCCAUAAUCCCCCUGCCAUCUAGGCAAAAAAGGUUUUGUGUGGUUCCUCAAGCAUCAAAGGAUGUCCCAUAUAGCUUCCGUUAUCCUGCCAUGACGAAAAAGCCGAGAUGGUGGUGGAGGACUCUUGCAUGCCUCCCAUACCUUAUGCCUCUUCAUGAGACAUGGAUGUACGCUGAGACAGCAUACCAUCUUCACCCCUUUCUGGAAAACUUUGAAUUCAUGACAUACCCUUUCCUUAUGGCAAUUGGGAGUCUGCCGGGCUGGUUCCUCAUGGCUUACUUUUUUGUUGCAUAUCUCGGAAUUGUGAGGAGAAAAGAGUGGCCUCACUUCUUCCGGUUCCAUGUUGUGAUGGGAAUGUUAUUGGAGAUUUCACUUCAGGUGAUAGGGACAGUGAGCCGUUGGAUGCCUCUAGCAAUUUACUGGGGUAAACUAGGAAUGCAUUUCUGGACAGCUGUAGCUUUUGCCUACCUGUUUACAGUGUUGGAGUGUAUACGGUGUGCUCUUGCUGGGAUGUAUGCUGAUGUUCCUUUUGUAUGUGAUGCCGCAUACAUCCAAAUUCCUUACGAUUAAGGAGGAAGAUGUAGAAAAGGCUAGCUUGGAUUUUGCUUUUGUAUCACAGAUUUUGGUAAGCAGAACCCGUAAACCGUAUGAGAUUUUCUUAAUGCAAAUUUAGAUUUGCUCAUUUGUAAUCUUCGUAGUCCUGAUUCUUCUUGUUACGAUAUGUCAGCCUUUGAUCUCGUUUCCACGGGCAGGGCAGGUUUAAACAUGUUAUGGACAUGCUUAACCCAUGGAAUUACCCAGAUAUUCUUGGCACCGCGAGAGCCGAUUAUGUAUUGAUUUACUUUUUUGGAAAUUAUGAUCUAGUCUAGUCUGCAAGGGGAGGUUUUGUAAUUCCAUAUUAAGUGAUUUCAAAUAGUAUUCUGUUUCUUAUUGUA